AUGCCUUCCAUUGCACCUGCACCCCUUCCAAACUGGGAAAGACCCAGCAAGACCAAUGAGAAGCUUGACUGGGCCGACAUCAAAGUCAUUGAUCUUGCUCACUAUGAUGAGCCGGGAGAAAAGCAAAGAUUGGCAGAAGACCUCAGAGACGCCGUCCACAAGACAGGCUUCUUCAGCAUAACCGGAACUGGACUUACGCAGGAAGAGGUAGAGCGCCAGUAUGAUAUCGGUCAAGCGUAUUUCAAUCUUCCGUUAGAAGAGAAGGGUGACCCAAAGUACCGAUGCGAUUUUGCCAAGGGCAACUAUUUCGGCUAUCGCGCGGCGAACGAAAAGAAGAUUAUGGGCACCGAGGUUCUCGAUAACGUCGAGUCAGUCAACAUACCCAAAUUCAUUCCCUCAAACAAGGACGAGCCUUUCCAGCCCUUCCUUCAACAAUACCGCUCCGAAAUCGAGGAUUUCUCCCGGCGGUCUCUGGAAGUUGCCGUCAAAGUCCUUACGCUCUUCUCUAUAAUUCUUGAACUCCCAGAAGACUACUUCUCGAAGCAACAUCUUUAUAGCACACCUAGCGAAGAUCAUUUACGAUACAUGGUGUAUCACCCGCGAAGCCAGGAAGACGAUGCGAAAGUGCAAAACACAUGGUCCCGCGCACACACCGAUUUUGGGUCACUGACUAUGCUCUGGAGCCAGGAUGUUGCGGGCCUGCAGCUCAAGACUCCGGCUGGAGAGUGGAAGUACGUGCCACCAGUCGACAACGGCAUCAUCUGCAACGUUGGUGAUACGCUUGACUUUUGGUCCGCGGGAUACCUAAAGUCAACAAUUCACCGUGUAGUACGGCCGCCAGUUGAUCAGGCGCAUAUUCAUCGCCUAGGACUGUUCUACUUCGUAAGGCCGGGAAAUGAUGUCGAUAUCAAGCCUGCGCCUUCGCCGUUGUUGAAGAGGUUAGGAUUAGUGAGGGAAGACGCAGAGAACGCGACGCCUGUAAGAGGAUUGGAAUAUGUGAGAGAAAGGGUGAAGAGCUACCACAAUCACAACGACUAUGCGGAUAUGAAGGGGAAAAAGUUCAAGGUAGGCAAUCUUGAGAUCGAGGACGAGGCCGCCUAG